AUGACGUCUCAUCAAGUGGAAGAAUCCAGUCAGAUCGAUCUCGAUGAGAAGCGUCGAGCUGCUCUAGCAGAAAUAGAUAAUGCAAAAUUCGGCUGGUUUCACAUUCGCACGAUUGUAGUCACUGGUGUAGGGUUCUUCACCGAUGCCUACGACUUGUUUGCUAUCAACUUCGUGACGGCAAUGUUGGGUUAUGUCUAUUACUCAUCUGCCAAAAAUACGCUACCGACGAAUCUCGAAUUGGGAAUAAAGAUAAGUGCACAGUGUGGAACAUUUGUUGGGCAAUUACUUUUCGGCUGGCUUGGCGAUCUAUGGGGAAGAAAAAGGAUGUACGGUAUAGAGCUUAUGAUAAUGAUCAUUGCAACAUUAGGCUCCGCUCUCUCUGCAGAGUCAUUUGCCGUGAGCGUCUCUGGUGUAUUAAUACUAUGGCGAGUUAUUCUCGGUGUUGGAAUCGGUGGCGAUUAUCCCAUGUCUGCAGUCAUAAGCUCCGAAUUCGCAAACAGAAAACGUCGUGGUGCUAUGAUAGGCGCAGUAUUCGCAAUGCAAGGCUUUGCCACGGAUAUUGCAGUUGUUCUGGGUAAAAAGAAACAAGAAGACAGAGAAAUCAUUGAAGAAGGAGAAAAUAUACCCGAUGUCGAAGCACCGAAACAUUCUUGGCAAGAUUUUAAGGAGUAUUUUGGAAAAUGGGAAAAUGGAAAGAUUCUUCUUGGUACCAGUCUAUCGUGGUUCUUGCUCGACAUUGCGUUUUACGGCAUUGGGCUUAACAAUUCGAUCAUAUUGACGAAUAUUGGAUAUGCUAAAUCAUCUGAUCCAUUCAAGUCGUUAUGGAAUAUCAGUAUCGGGAAUAUCUUGAUAGCUGUUCUUGGGACUGUGCCAGGAUAUUGGUUUACCGUCUUUUUAGUGGAUGUUUGGGGAAGAAAGCCCAUACAAUUUAUGGGAUUCGGAGUAUUGACAGUACUGUUUCUUAUUCUUGGAGUCGCAUACAAAAAGAUUCUCGAUACAUCGACCGCAUUAUUUAUCGUCAUAUUUGCUCUAUGCCAGUUCUUCCAAAACUUUGGACCAAAUACUACCACGUUCAUCAUCCCAGGUGAAGUAUUCCCAACACGAUAUCGAUCAACGGGCCAUGGAAUUUCAGCUGCAUCAGGGAAACUUGGAGCUAUUAUAUCUCAAGUUGGUUUCCUUCGACUUAAAGAUAUUGGUGGCAAGGAUGCAUACGUCGACAAAGUAAUUAUCAUCUUUGCUCCAAUCAUGUUCCUCGGAGUUCUCACCACAUUCUUGAUACCAGAAACAAAGGACCGAUCAUUGGAGGACUUAUCCAAUGAAAAACAGGUUGGAUUUGUCAGUACCAAGCGUAAAUCUUCUACUAAUGAGAAAAAAGUAUAA